UAAGUGUUGUCAGGCAAAAAAUAAGACGGCAGUAUGAGCAGAGAUCUGCAAUAGAUAAACACAGACAUAGAGCAGCCACCGGGAAGCAGAGAGGCUGAUACCGACAGGGAGAGAAAGGGAGGCAGCAAUUUUGGCAUUUACAAUUCUCACUGCUGUUUUUAAAUCAUUUUAUUUUCAUUUUUCAUUCAGGGGGGACAUAGCAGGGAUAUAAAAGCAGGUGUUCCCUUUAAGAGGGAAAGGAUCAGGACCAAGGACAGCAUCCUCCAUCUCCAGCUCCUGUAUAGGUACCACAGUUUGAGAGGAAGUCCGAGUGACCAGGCCAGACUUCAACCUCAGUCCCUCCACCUACAUGGAGCUCAGCUGUUAUGGAUGGGAGAAGCCUAACCCUGUCUGAGAAACCCCUAUGAACAACAGACCCAAUGGACAUCAAAGGCCAGUCCUGGACUGAUGAGGAAUCAGAUGGGGAGAAUGAGUCUGAGCAGUUCCUCUAUGGGAUCCAGGGGAGCUGUGCUGCCGACCUGUACCGACACCCCCAACUGGAUGCAGACAUCGAGGCAGUGAAGGACAUCUAUACUGACAGUGCUGUCUCUGUCAGAGAGUAUGGAACCAUUGAUGAUGUGGACAUUGACCUUCAGAUUAAUAUCAGUUUCUUGGAUGAGGAGGUGGCAACAGCCUGGAAGGUCAUCCGAACAGAGCCCAUCAUUCUGAGACUGCGCUUCUCUCUCUCCCAGUACCUAGAUGGACCGGAACCGUCAGUGGAGGUCUUCCAGCCCUCCAAUAAAGAGGGCUUCAGCCUGGGCCUGCAGCUCAAGAAGAUCCUGAGUACGUUCACAUCCCAGCAGUGGAAGCAUCUCAGUAAUGAGUUCCUGAAGGCCCAGCAGGAGAAGAGACACAGCUGGUUCAAGGCCGGGGGAACCAUCAAGAAGUUCCGCGCAGGACUCAGCAUCUUCUCUCCCAUCCCCAAGUCCCCAAGCUUCCCUCUCAUCCAGGACACGGUUCUGAAGGGGAAGCUGAGUGUUCCAGAGCUGAGGGUGACCCGGCUCAUGAAUCGCUCCAUCUCCUGCACCAUGAAGAACCCCAAGGGGGAGCUGUUCAGCUACCCCUCCAACAGCCAGACUGUGGCUGUCCCGGCGGCCAGGGCCCCAGCGCAGAUUACCACGAGGCAGCUGAUUGAAUUGUUUUUCUCAUCCCAGGCGGGCGGCCACUGCAAGAACAUCCCUACCUUGGAAUAUGGGUUCUUAGUCCAGAUAAUGAAAUACUCGGAGCAGAGGAUCCCUACUCUCAAUGAGUACUGUGUGGUCUGUGACGAGCAGCACGUCUUUCAGAACGGAUCCAUGUUGAAGCCGGCUGUGUGUACUAGAGAGCUGUGUGUGUUCUCCUUCUACACUCUGGGUGUGAUGUCAGGAGCAGCAGAGGAGGUGGCCACUGGAGCAGAGGUGGUGGAUCUGCUGGUGGCGAUGUGUCGGGCUGCUCUGGAGUCUCCUCGUAAAAGCAUCAUCUUUGAACCCUACCCGUCUGUGGUCGACCCCAACGAUCCUAAGACUCUGGCCUUCAACCCAAAGAAGAAGAACUAUGAGAGAUUGCAAAAAGCACUGGACAGUGUCAUGUCCAUCCGGGAGAUGACCCAGGGCUCAUAUCUGGAGAUUAAGAAACAGAUGGACAAACUGGACCCUCUGGCCCACCCUCUACUGCAGUGGAUCAUAUCCAGUAACAGAUCCCAUAUCGUCAAGCUGCCUCUGAGUAGGCAACUGAAGUUCAUGCACACAUCCCACCAGUUCCUGUUACUCAGCAGCCCGCCUGCCAAGGAGGCACGCUUUCGCACCGCCAAGAAGCUCUAUGGCAGCACAUUUGCCUUCCAUGGUUCCCAUAUAGAGAACUGGCACUCCGUUCUGAGAAAUGGACUAGUCAAUGCCUCUUAUACCAAACUGCAGCUGCAUGGUGCAGCCUAUGGAAAGGGCAUCUAUCUCAGCCCCAUCUCCAGCAUUUCCUUUGGAUACUCAGGGAUGGGUAAAGGACAGCACCGCAUGCCCACCAAAGAUGAGCUGGUGCAGCGCUACAACCGUAUGAAUACCAUUCCACAGGUACAGUGUCUGAUGAGCCGUCCUAUCCAGUCAAGGUUUCUCCAGAGCAGGAAUCUAAACUGCAUUGCCCUUUGUGAAGUGAUCACAUCCAAGGACCUACAGAAGCACGGCAAUAUCUGGGUGUGUCCUGUGUCCGACCACGUCUGCACACGCUUCUUCUUCGUGUACGAGGACGGCCAGGUGGGAGAUGCCAAUAUCAACACCCAGGAGCCCAAGGUGCAGAAGGAGAUCAUGCGUGUGAUCGGCACCCAGAUCUACGCCAGCUAAUGCAGGCUCCCCGGGGGUCCUUGGAGGAACAGGUCUGUACUGCAGAUAGACAGACAGACAGAACUAUAGACAUGAAUACAGACAGACAUUUGGGAAACAAACUCAGACCAGAUGAGGGAGGCUGAUGAUCUUUACGCAUCAUAUCUACGGUCUCUUUUCCUUUCCUUUCCUCUCUUUUUAUUCCUCUGCUUUCUGUUCUCCCUGUGUCUGGCUAGCAUGUGUAAGAUCAUGUGCUCCAGUGAGCCACACCCGUGGGCUAGAUAGAGCUGGACAACACAGGGAUGAAGUAAGAAAACCUUAGCUGGACUGGCUUGCCACAUAUACACACUCUGAGCUGAAGUGCACAAACACACGCACGCACGCACACACACACACUUCCCUUUCAGCCCCUGGUCUCUCAUUUCCUCCUGAGCCACUGUCAGGCCUCAUCCAUUUUCUUUUAUCAGCUGCAAUUUUGAGAAUCCUUUGGACUAUGUAUCUAUAUUCAUCAGUUCUCAUUGUGAAUAUCUAGAAGAAGAACAAAGAAUCAUUCCAAAUGUUUAUUACGUCCCUCUGUGGGUAUUGAAUGAUGGAUCUACAUGCAUAUAUAAGUUUGUUAUUUUAUUGUGUUUGCGAAGGCAUUAUCGCAGUGAUCCGUUUAUUUAAUAUUCUUUGACUAAUUACAUCAAUUAAAGGGCCAAGAUGCAAUUAUCUCCCGGGCAAAGCACUGUUCUACCAUGCCUCGUCAUGUAGUGGAUCAGUUUGUCUUCAGUUACCUCAGACAGAGGGACCUGAAGCCCUCUGGUUGAAUAACAUGAUCAUAUGUUACAUACGAGAAUCCACCGCUAACUAAUAUGCUAACAGUCUGUCAGGAAAUACUAGUCACAGACAGACACAGACACAGCCUGCUCCCUCUGUAGACUAAAGGCUUCUCUUGUCUUCUCCUGAUGUUUCAUUUAGGGAAAUUAGACCAGACAGUCAGAAUGAUGACACAGAGAGUACUUGUGCCCUCUAGACUGCUGAAUCUGAGAGAGCAUGAUGUAAAACCCAUAGCAACACUCUUCUUAGAGAAAUCACACUGAAAAGAGGAGCUGUUCUACCAUGGCCAUAGACUUAUCUUUGUGACUUUCUCCAUAAAGUACAGGACAUCCCAUUCUUAGAGAGACUAGGGCAGUAACCGCAGAUGAAUCCAUGCCCUACAGCCCAAUAUCCCUCCCUACCCAGAGGAGAUAUAAUACAUGGAGAUAUUAUAUGGCAAUGGCUCUAUUCACAGGACACUGGAUGUUGUUCAAGUGCUUUACUUACAUCUUUAUGGUUUACCUUUGGGAAUGGCAACAUUGUGUUUAAUUUACCCUGUUUAUCAAUUAGUUGUAUGUAUGUGUGGGUUAUUUGUAUUUUCUGUACUACUACUUCUUGCACUUAUUCAACAUUUGCCUAGCCCAGAUAGAAUGUGUGUUCUCUCUCUCUCUCUCUCUCUCUCUCUCUCUCUCUCUCUCUCUCUCUCUCUCUCUCUCUCU